CCACCCCAUUUAGUGAAACUUUUACGUAGUCCAUGUUCUUAGUCACUAUUAAAAAGUGAGUAGAAAUGUAAAUUGCAAACAUUUGUUUAUGCAGUUCGACCAACAUAGUUUCGUAUAACUUAUGACGAGUUAAAUUACAAGUAUGUCGCGCCAGUUCGGCUCCUUGAGUCGUUCUCAAACUUUAGCAAUUGUAUUGAUAGCAUAUAUAUGUUGAAUAGGUUCUUUCUUGUGCUAAGGCACGUAUGAUGGUACAAUUGAUCACAUUCUUCCCGUUGAUUGAGGCUCAGUUCUUGCAGAGUGAAGGAGAUUCUGGAUCUGGACCCACUCAACUAUAUAUGAUUAUUAUUUUAUCACUUCAUGCUUUAGCCAUGAAAAGAAAUUAUUGCUAUCAUAAGUUAGUUGCAUAAUAAUAGUCGCAUAAAGAACUAAAUAUGAAACACUAAAAUAAACUCUUUCACAUGUUCUACUUUGAUAAAAGAACGGCAAGAACGAACUGCACCUAAAAUCUGUCCUAAAAAGUCAUGGUACAUGCAAUUAUAUCAAUGUUUUAAAACCAAACUGUACAUUAAAUCCGCGAGACCUUGAUUAUUGUUCAAUUGAUUAAACCGCACUCGAGUUAGAUGAUAAAUAAAAAGAUGUUAAACCAACCGCAGUUCAACCAGACUAUAACGUAAUGUGAAUCAAACCAUUUAGCAUUUUCGGGUUCAACCGUCUGAGUCGUCUCAUCUGGUUUGAUUUUAAAAACAUUGAUUUAUAAAAUGAUAACAUAGAAUUUUGAAUCUAUGACCUUCAUAUGUGAGUAAAUCUAUAGAUGGAUAUGAUUUUUCAGCUACUUCAAUUUUGUCACUUGUUAAAAAUCAAUAAAUAAGCAGUUUAUGAUGGUAUGCACGUUGCACUUGUAUAUUGUAUUGUUAUUCCAUUCUGCAUUAUAAUAUAUAUAUUUUCAGCUAUGUUAGUGGGAGGCAGUUUUUUUGGUUAAGUUUACAAGUCAAAUCCAUGUUGUCCAAAUCCUCAUUGAUUCAUAGCUUAUUCCAUAAUCCAAAAAAGUUCAUAACACGUUUUUGUUGAUCCAAAAAACAAUGCUGAAACAAAACAGUUGACUCACUAGAGCUUGUUUUUCAUCUUUAUGGUGUGAGCAUUUCAACAAUAGUUUCAUCUUAAGUACUAAUGGAGCUCAAAAAUGAGAAGCUAGUCAGGUUCUCUAACGAUGGAAAGCUUAAUCUUGAGAAGCCGAUGCAAGUUUACAAGUUUCAGAAAAUUCUUAAACCGAGAGGAAAAACUAGUAGCGGCGAUAUUGAUAUUGAUAUUGAUAUUGAUACUGAUAAUGAGAAGAACAGAAUGAAUAUCAAGUUUCCGACUUUUGGAAAGUUUAAGGUUUUUCAAGAAAAUCAUGAACCGUGGAAGAAGAGAAUUCUUGAUCCAGGAAGUGAUUUAUUUCUCGAGUGGAAACGAGCUUUUUUGUUUUCUUCUAUACUAUCACUUUUUGUUGAUCCGUUGUUUUUCUACCUCCCGUCCGUAUCAAUCGAAACUGAUAAUAAGAAUUCGUCGUGCAUGGUUACUGAUUUGAAUUUAGGAAUCGUCGUCACGUGUUUCCGGACAUUUGCUGAUGUUUUCUAUCUGCUGAACAUGGUCAUUAAGUUUAGGACAGCCUUUGUGUCACCAAGUUCAAGGGUUUUCGGAAGAGGCGAGCUUGUCAUGGACCCGAGUUUGAUUGCGAGACGAUAUUUGAGAUCGGAGUUUUUCCUAGAUCUUUUAGCUACAUUGCCUCUUCCUCAGAUCGUGAUUUGGUUUAUCAUGCCAGCGAUUCGAAGCUCUCAUGCUGAUCAUACGAACAAUGCAUUAGUACUGAUUGUUCUUCUUCAAUAUGUUCCUAGAUUGUAUAUGAUUUUUCCAUUAAGUUCUCAGAUUGUUAAAGCUACUGGAGUUGUCACAAAGACGGCUUGGGCCGGAGCUGCUUACAAUCUUUUACUUUACAUGUUAGCUAGUCAUGUGUUGGGGGCAUCAUGGUAUUUGCUGUCAAUUGAGAGGCACGCGGCUUGCUGGAAAUCUGAAUGCAGAAACGAAAACUUACCUGUGAAAUGUGUUCUCGACUACCUUGAUUGCAGUAGUAUAAACGAUAACGGUCGCGUGAAAUGGAUGAAUACUACUUCUGUGUUCAGUAACUGUAAUCCCGAAAGUAGCACAGAUUUCAAUUAUGGAAUUUUCGGAAAUGCAGUCCAAAAUAAUGUUCUGUCCUCUGUGUUUAUAGAGAAGUACCUCUAUUGUUUGUGGUGGGGAUUGCAGAAUUUGAGUUCCUAUGGUCAGAGUUUGAGUACAAGCACAUUUGUUUGGGAAACUGCAUUUGCAAUACUCAUAGCUAUCUUAGGUUUGGUUUUGUUUGCUCACUUAAUUGGUAACAUGCAGACAUAUUUGCAAUCUAUUACUGUGAGGCUUGAAGACUGGAGGCUCAAGCGACGUGACACGGAAGAGUGGAUGAAACAUCGCCAACUCCCGGAGUUUCUUAGAGAGCGUGUUCGGAGAUUUGUUCAGUACAAAUGGCUUGCAACUCGAGGUGUUGACGAAGAAACUAUCUUAAGAGGCCUCCCUACAGAUCUUCGUAGAGAUAUCCAACGCCAUCUUUGCUUAGACCUUGUUCGACGUGUUCCCUUUUUCUCGCAAAUGGAUGAUCAACUACUUGACGCAAUAUGCGAGCGAUUGGUGUCAUCUUUGAGUACUCAAGGCACAUACAUUGUCAGAGAAGGAGACCCUGUUACCGAGAUGCUUUUUAUCAUCAGAGGGAAACUCGAAAGCUCAACCACAAAUGGUGGCAGAACUGGUUUCUUUAACUCUAUUACCUUAAGGCCUGGUGAUUUCUGUGGAGAAGAGUUACUUGCUUGGGCAUUGCUUCCGAAAUCUACUCUCAACUUGCCUUCUUCUACAAGAACAGUUAAAGCCCUUGUUGAAGUUGAAGCCUUUGAACUUAGAGCAGAAGAUCUUAAAUUCGUGGCAAAUCAGUUUCGACGUCUUCACAGCAAGAAGUUGCAGCAUACGUUCCGUUUCUACUCUUACCAUUGGAGGACAUGGGCUGCCUGUUUCAUUCAGGUCGCUUGGCGCCGGUUCAAGAAGAGAGUCUUGGCAAAUAGUCUCAGCCUGAGAGAAUACAAGUCCUUCAUCGAUGAACAAGCAAGAAAUCGUAUGGAACACGAGAAAGAAGAGCGCGGUAACACAGCACAAGUAAAACAGAAUCUUGGUGUCACUAUAUUGGCUUCAAGAUUUGCUGCAAACACAAGGAAAGGGGUUCAGAAGAUCAAGGAUGUAGAGAUGCUCAAGUUGCAAAAGCCUGAAGAGCCAGAUUUCUCAGUAGAGCAUGAAGACGAUUAAGCUCAAUACUGCAAUGUUAAUUAACUGACAUUUCAACUGAUAUUGCAACAGUUCCAUAUAAUUUUCAAGAGUUAAAUGCAUUGCUCCUCGUUCGUAUAUCUGAAUACGAACGGUCACAUUUAACAUAGUUGGUGGCGCUGUAAACUUGUAUAUCUUCAAAAAAAUGUUUGAUCUCUUGUAUAUUAGAGUUUCUUGACAUACCAUACCACAUGUAUAUCACACUGCUCUAUUGUUAUAAUGUUUAUACUUUU